AUGCCCGAAAUAAUAGACCUCCUAUCAUCUGAUCCUCCCACUUCACCAAAGCCCCAGGCGUCAAAACUGCAACAGCCAGUUGAACUCCCGUCGCGACGUCCAUCCCACCAGCUCAAUUUAAUUUCGUCGGACCCGUUCGAUACAUCCCUGUUCGACUUUGAAGAGGUCUUCGACAUACCUGCCAAGAAACGGCGACUGAGCGAUCAAAACACCUCUUACCUGCGACAAAGCAUCACGGCUAAUGCACCUGGAGCGGCGGAGCCCUGGUUCUCGAUCUCCGAUGAUGAUUUUGACCUGCCGCCAGCGAAAGCUGCGGUACAGAAUAAACCAUUCCAGUCGCGUGUUGAAGAGUCGGAUCCAAUUGACUUCAACUCUUCGGCCCCAGUCCUUUUACCAAAGCCCCCGUCGCGGAAACCGAAUCUUUCAACCCGGGACAUUAUUGCGCUUGCUGACGAUGACGUGUUGUCGGACCCUAUGAAACUCCCGCCGUCAAGAUUCCAUGGGCAUAGCGAUAUUGAUGAAUUCAGUGAUCCGUUUACUCUGCCUGAAUUUUCUGACCUAUUGAAAACCCCGACUACCUCGAAUCCUAUCUUCUCCGAGUCGACUGCUCGCCUAUUAUCUCGCCUUGGCGACGGACGUACUUCAGACCCCAAAACAAGGCCUGGAACACGAAAGCUGAAAGGUACCAGCUUGCAAUCUACAGCUGUGGGGAACCUCUCCGACGACGGAAUUGAUGAACUAGUAGCGCCCCGGAAAACAGCAAAGAAAACAAGCAAAGUCACUACUGCUGAAAAGGAAGCGAAGACCAAAGCACGUGAGGAAGCAAAGCUACAGCGAGAACGAGAACGCGAGCUUGAGAAAGAGCGCAAGUUGAAGCUCAAAGAGGAGAAAGCGAAAGAGAAACAACGAGCUGCCGACAUCGCAAGCGUCAACAAGCUGAAAGUGAACAAAAAGGAUUCAACACCAGAGAUGAUUGUCGACAUGGCCACAUCUCUCGAGGACAGCAGCGUCGGCACCCAAACCGUCGAGUUCAUGAAACGACUCGGCGUCCAACACACAUUCUUCACAAGCGCAAUUCCCAACAUAGUUAAAUGGCGUCGCAAAAUGAACGCAACAUACAACAGAACCCUGCGCCACUGGGAACCGUGUCCAUUCUUCAUCCAAAAUGAAGACCACGUGCUAUGUCUGUUACCGGCGCCAGAGUUCAUCAACAUGAUAACCCGACCGCGAGACGACGAAGAAAGAGAACGAGAAACCCUAGAAAUCCACGUUCAGCGAAUUAAAAGCGCCUACCCAGACUGCAAACCCAUCUACCUAAUCGAAGGGCUGACGGCUCUAAUGCGCAAAAACACAAACGCACGCAACAGAGCCUUCCAAGCCGAAGUCCUGCGCCAACUCGCCGAAACAACCGCAACAGAAGAGCCAGAACGAACGACAAAUCACAGAGCCCGAAAACCAAAGAAAAAGCCCGACACGACACCCCUCGUCGACGACGAGAUUGUCGAGGACGCUCUGCUCGAACUGCAGGUCACGCAUUCCUGUCUCAUUCACCACACGACCGCGCCAGCCGAUUCCGCGGAGUGGAUAAAACAUUUCACCGAGCACAUCUCCACAGUGCCCUACCGCCGUGAACGACAGGAGGCACACAAUGCUGCUUUUUGUAUGGAUACCGGACAGGUGAAGACGGGCGUCGAUAAGCACGAUACUUUUAUCAAGAUGAUUCAGGAGGUCAAUCGUGUGACAGCUCCUAUGGCUUAUGGGAUUGCGGGACAGUAUCCCUGCGUUGCAGACUUGACUCGUGGGAUGCGGAUGCAUGGUGCUAUGAUGCUGGAGGAUAUCAAGAAAUCCGCGAACAAAAAUGGCUCCCUGACGAAUGCGCGUAUUGGACCCGCUGCUAGUAGGCGGCUGUACAAAGUGUUCACUGGGCUCGAUCCGAGUUCGACGGACGUUUAG